AUGCGAUGCGCGAGCAAGGCCGCCGAGAGCGCGUCCGCACGUCUCUGUGCGGACGCCGAAGCAGAAACCACAGCAACUGAUGUCUCAUCGGUUGCUGAAGCGACUCAGCCUGUGUCACUUGGUGAUGCAGGCGCUGGUCAUGAAGACGCUCAUGUCUUCACAGAGUAUGAGCUCGGUGUCUCAUACUCUCCUGAUACGGAAGACGGAUCCGUAUCGACGGCGAUUGAAUCUAAGCCGCCUGCCAAGCGUGGCAUGGAUGAUGCUAUGCGUCUUAGCAUUUUUGGUUCAUCUGAUGAAUCAGAUGAACCAUCGCCGAAGCGAAGGCGCUCGAGUGCUUCUGUCGGCACGUCGCAGGAAGAGCGGGACCGCAAUGUGUUGCGUCUCGCUCCUGAGAAGAAGGCAUGGAUGCCUCCAAAAUCCGUCAUGGAUCACUUGUCGGCGACGACGAGUGAUCGUUAUCGAACACGAUUGUUCGAUUCGUCAAGGAUCCAUCACCUUGACCACAGCGCGAAAAACUAUCGCGCUGAACAUGAAUUCUUCAUCGAUGCUUUCUUCAAACAUCGAUGGUACAGUGGGAAUCACAAACGUGAUGGUCCCUCACUACUUCAAGCGUGGAACGCCUAUAUCCAUAACCUCGAGGAUGUAGGUCGUGACGCUUGGAACGACAAACUUAUCAAAGCUCGUGAUAAGUUUGAAAAGCGAACCCCAACAGGUGCACGCUACAAGCUGCAUCGUCUGUCAAGGGAGAAAGGAUUACCCUGCCUCUCUUGGGGAGACUCGUGCCCAUGUUGUGUGAACAACUUUGCGCGCGCACCUAAGGAGGCUUACCUCCUUACUAGCCCGUGGUGGCGCGUACGUAUCUCUACUGAGAUGUACGAAGGGAUUGACAACCUGAAAUCCCUUUACGACCGUGCCGGGAAGACUUUCUCCGGCGGUCCUUCUGCGGCACAGGAUGUGCCGCGUCGUACUGCUCAACCAGACCCAUUACGUCAACCAUCAGUUGGGAGCGGGGCUCCCAAGUAUCCCAGGACUGGGGAUAGCCGCGCCACCGGACGAGAUAACUCUUCCGACGUCCGUUCACGUCGCGGUGGUUCAACAGCUGCUCAUCUAGAUAGCGCUGGCCACCGCGAGAGUCCUCUAAUGGAGGUGGAGGAGGAGGAAAGACGCUCUCCACACGAUCAUGUGGAUCGGUGUGUUCCCUAG